UGGUUAGAGUUAGUUGGAUGGAUGAUGAUGUUUCAUGAUUGUUUGGCUGGUAUGUUGGUUGUGGAGUUGUUGUUGGUUGGCUAAAUUAACUAAAUAGAUAAUUUUUGUAUGAUUGCUUGUGGUUGGAUGGAUAGUUGAUUGUUGUUGGUUGGCUUUAUGGAUUCUGUUAAUUGAUAUAUGUUGACUGUGGUUGUUUGUUAUGUUGGUUGGAUGGAUGGUUGGUGAUGGUUGUGGUUGAUUAGUUGUUGCUGAUUGGCAGGAUAGAUUGAUGGUUGGUAAUGGUUAUCUGGUUGGUGAAGGUUUGUGGGAUUGGUUGAUAUGUUGGUUGUGGUUGGUUGGUAUUUUGGCUUUCGUUGGUUGGAUGGAUGGUGAUGGUUGGCUGGUUGGUAAGAUGGAUAAUUGUUUUGUUGAUUGGUUGGCUGGUUAGUUGUGGUUGGUUGGAUGGAUGGUGGUGGUUGGCCGGCAUGUUGGUUGUGGUUGGUUGGCUAGAGAUGGAUAAUUUUUGUAUGAUUGCUUGUGGUUGGUUGUGGUUGGAUGGAUAGUUGGUUGUUGUCGGUUGACUGUAUGGAUGGGUAGUUGGCUGUUAGUUGGAUGGGGGGGUUGAUUGAUAUGUUGGUUGUGGUUGGUUGGUAUUUUGGCUUUGGUUGGUUGUAUGGAUGGUGAUGAUUGGCUGGUUGGUUGGUAAGAUGUAUAAUGGUUUAAGUUGGUUGGUUGGCUGGUUAAUUUUGGUUGGUUGGUUGGAUGGAUGGUGGUGGUUGGCUUGCAUGUUGGUUGUGGUUGGUUGGCUAGAUGGAUAAUUUUGGUAUGGUUGGUUGUGGUUGGAUGGAUAGUUUGUUGUUGUUGGUUGGCUGUAUUGAUGGGUGGUUGGCUGUUAGUUGAUAUGUUGGUUGUGGUUGUUAGGUUGGGUGUGGUUGGUUGGAUGGAGGGAUAGUUGGUGAUGGUUUGGUGGUUGUGGAUGGUUAUUUGUUGUUGAUUGGCUGGAUAGAUUGAUGAUUGGUAAUGGUUAGCUGGUUGGUGAAAGUUUAGGGGGUUGGUUUAUAUGUUGGUUGUGGUUGGCUGGUUAGUUGUUUGGAUGGAUGGUGAUGGUUGGCUUUUAUGUUGGUUGUGAUUGGUUGGCUAGAUGGAUAAUUUUUGUAUGAUUGCUUGUGGUUGGUUGUGGUUGUAUGGAUAGUUGGUUGUUGUUGGUAGGUUGUAUGGAUGGGUGGUUGGUUGAUAUGUUGGUUGCUUUUGUUUGGUAUUUUAGCUGUGGGUGGUUGGAUGCAGGGAUGCAAAAAAGUUCCUACAGCGAUCUGUCAACAUCCAGCAGCCAUCCUUCAAGGAGCUGUUGCAUAAAUAGCGUGUCCCGCACGGUUAGCCUGGUAGAUCAAAGGAAAAUGACAGGGGCCGAACGCGAGUCCGGAGUGUCCUUGUCCACCAAAAUGAAACGCAAUAAUAAUAAUCUACUUCCUAGUCCGAAUCUCCUGCAGGACAACAGGGGUUGGCAGCGGGCAGGGUAUGAACUCAUGACCAUUGAGAUGACCGAACAACAGUCCAGAGCGAUUUCCGCUUAACCUUGCAGUCAUCCAUCUUAAAUUAUAAGUAUGUAUCCAUGUGGUUGGAUUAUGCUAUGAGAAUGUCCAAUGGUAGCGCAAUCGAUAACUUGAAGCUUGAACAAAUUAGACAAGAAAAACUGCAUUAGCGCGCAGUCUUAGCAAGAAUUCUAGUGAUCGUUCAGUACCUUGCCAAAAAAAAAAAGGAAUUAGUGUUAAUGUUGAAAUAUUAUUCACUUUGAUGUCAAGAAAGCAUCAAAAGAACUUAUGCUCAUAAUAAAAUGGCAUCAAAACUGUUUUGCUUGACAUUAUCUGUGCCACUUUUGUGUGCUGUCAUUGCUUUAUGUGGACUAAAUUUGGAAUUCCUUGAUAUCUUGUUAUGCAAAGUGCCUCAUUCACAUUAUAUCCUUUCAUUUUGUGGAAAAAGCAAAAAUGUAGUAUUCACUCUGACAGAACCAUCACUACCUGAAUAUUCUGAGAUGAAUCAAUAUGAUCUCUGUAUGUUGAAAACUAAGGAUGAAGAGCAAAAGAAGUUAGCAGGUUUUACUCAACAUGGAUUCAAUGAAUUUGCAAGUGAAAAGGUUGGUUUGUUGCGUGAAGUUCCUGAUGUCAGACAUACAGCGUGUAUGGACAAAGAUUAUUCUGAUGUUUUACCUAUUGCAAGUAUAAUCAUGUGUUUUUAUAAUGAAGCAUGGUCCACGCUACUACGCAGCAUACACAGCAUUCUGAAACAAACUCCAGAAAAUUUGCUGAAGGAGAUUAUUCUGAUUGAUGACAACAGUUCUCUAGAACAUCUUGGUAAAGCUUUGGAAGAUUACAUCACACAGAAUUUUAGUAAAGUAAAACUUAUUAGGAGUAAAGAGCGUCUAGGUUUAAUACGUGCCAGAAUGGAAGGUGCUAAAUAUGCCACUGGUGAUGUGCUUGUAUUUCUUGACAGUCAUAUAGAGGCUGGCAACACUUGGCUUGAACCCUUACUCGAUAGAAUAGCUGCUAAUAGAAAGACAGUGGUUGUUCCUGUUGUUGAUACCAUAGAAGCUGAAACCUUUACAUAUCGCAGGGCUGACAUUAUGAGGGGAGGUUUCACAUGGUCAUUGCUGCAUAAUUGGGAAACACUUCCACUUGAUGUUGCCAAGGAGGUUGAAAAAGAAGCAAAUCCAUUUCCUUCACCAACUAUGCCAGGUGGUUUAUUUGCAAUGGACAGAAGCUACUUCUAUGAACUAGGAGAAUAUGAUUCCUUGAUGGACAUUUGGGGAGGUGAAAAUAUGGAGAUUUCAUUUAGGAUCUGGCAAUGUGGUGGGACACUAGAAAUUGUACCAUGCUCAAGAGUGGGCCAUGUCUUUAGACAGUUUCGUCCAUAUGCAUCACCUACUGGUGAAGACACUGCUACAAGAAAUGCUGCCCGUGUGGCAGAAGUCUGGCUGGAUGAAUAUAAAAAACAUUUCUAUGACUUGCGCCCAUCAGCUCAUACCAUGGAUUAUGGUGAUGUUAGUGCUAGAUUGGCUUUAAGAAAAAAGCUCAAUUGUAAAUCAUUUCGCUGGUACCUGGAAAACAUUCACCCAGAACAACUUGUUCCUGGUGAACCUGCUAAGGUUCCUGGAGCAUAUGCUCAUCGCAAAGAAAUGAAGAAAGAUAUCAUUGUAGAGCAAGGAAAGCUCGUUCAUUUCUCAUCCAGUCUUUGUGUCCAUGCAGAGACUGAUCCACCUCAAAAGGAUUCUCUUUUGAUUUUAUCAAACUGUGAUAAAGCAUUGAAUUUAAUUUUAACAUCCGAUUACCAGAUUAAAAUACAGAACACUCGCUACUGUUUAGAAAGCAAAGAGACAAAGAGAGACUCUACUUUGGCUUAUUUGAUGAAAUGUCAUUCAGGUGGUGGUGCACAAGUUUGGAUACAGAAAAAAUUUAAGGAUACAUUCCGAUUAUUCAACCCAGCUAGUGGUAAAUGUUUAUCUGCUUCAAAAGCAGAAAAGAAUAGAAAACUGUCAAUGGAACUUUGUGGAACAAGAAUUGAACAAGAAUUUACAUUUAAACAUCACUAGGAAAAGUUGGAGCUUUUUUUUUUUUAAAAAAAAGAAUCUUUUUAAGUCAAUUUUAAAUGUGCAAAACCUUUUCAAAAUAGUUUUUGUACUUACAAUAGAUGACUAAAUGACAUGUGCAAUGCAAUAGGGCAUUGCAAGCAAAUAAUUGGAAAUCAAAAGGAAGGCUCUCAAUACUUCUUUAAAUACAUACUUUAGCAACAAAUUUCUAGCUAUUAUCAAUAGUAGUAAUUUAUUUUCCCAUCUGUCGUCUUUUACAAAUAAAUUAAUGCUUUUUUCAUUCUAUAAACAAACAUGAAAAAUCAUUAAGAAAAUAUCUUGGAGCAAGUUGGAAGAAAAUUUAAAUGUUGAAAUAAGAUAAAUGAAAUUAAAACAUAGAACUAGAACUAGAUGUUUGAAUCUCUCUCUGAUGUGUGUGUGUUAGGAAGACAGUAUCGGUACUAGAAAUAUAUGAAAAAUAAAAAUAUUUUACUGCUGCAGGGGGAAAUGAUACCAUAAACAUACUAAUAAGAAACCUGCUAGACCAAUGUUGUAUUUUAAUCUUUUUAAAGUCUAAAUGUUUUUCCUGCGUACCAAAGAAAUCUGUCAUUUGUAUUAGUAUCCAUUCAUUUCUUGUUAAAAUGUUUUUCUAAAUUUUAAAAGAAUAAUUUGUUCACAUCUCAUCAAUUUUUUUUUCAAAAUUUACUUUAUUAAAAUACUCUAAGAAAGAUAUGUAUGUAUAAAAUUUGUUUAUUAUACAGCCCUUUUAGUAUUUUUGGAAAAUCAUAUCUCAAACAGCAGUUUUAAAUCUUAUCAAAUGAUUUUUGAGUUCUUAAAGACAAUGACAUAUUGCUUGGUAACUCAUUAUUUAUUUGCUUUCAGAAAUCAAUAAUUUAGUCUAAACAAAGAGAAAUAAUUUUUAUAUCUUAAAAUGUUUAGUUUCAGGAGAAAGAAACACACAUCCAUUCAAAAUAACUAUACCCGCAUAGGCAAUGAUAAGCAUUUCCCUAUAAAUGAACGCUUAUGGUAAUAACUUUUUAUCCUAUUGGGCAUACAUUUCAAUACAUUGUCCCUGUUUAAGCAAAUAUUGUUUACAGGCUUUAGACUGGAAAUUAGAAUUGAACGAUAAUGUAAUUCAUGGUAUGACAUUGAAUUGUAAUUUAUUUGUUUUUCAAUUUAUUUAUUGUUGUUUUAGUGUAAUAUCAUUUUGGAUUUUAGAUAUCUACAUAAUCAAUUUUUACACUUUUGCUUUUUAUGCUUGUUGUCAAUCUCAUCCUAUUUAUUUUGCUUGGUCUGAAAUCAAAAGAUAUUGUAAGUGAAGAGAAAGGUUUACCUCGUGGUGCCUUAUAAUGUCUAUUAACUUUUCCAGUAUGAUGGGUCUUCCUAAUUACUAAUAUUUUGAUGGUCUGAUUUGAAAGCCUAAAGGUCACUCAGAAGAUUAAUGUGUAUAGAAUAGAUACUUAAACUUAUAGAAUGUUCUAUAAACAGAAUCUGGUAUAUUUUGUUAUUUAUAUUUAUCAUUAUAUGAUAUAGUGAAACUUGUUCUAGUCAUUGACUGAUAUUCAUUGUAUUGUGAAGAUAAAAAACAAACAUUUCAUUUUAAUGUAAGCCUACUUUACAUAUCCUAAUUUUUUUUUAUUUCAUGUUUACAUUUAUAAUUUACUGAACAUUUCAUAUGAACUUAUAACUAUUGUGUGCUGAAAAUGCUAUAUUGAACUUGUUCUGUAAAAGGACAUAUAUUUUCAUGCUCAUAUGGAGGAAUAAAUACAACUUUAUAAAAUU